GGCCGUGACGGAAGCACGCCGGGGCGCCCCCCUCCCCACAGGGCGGCGCGGUAGGCUAGGGCAGCGGGUCGGAGCCACCGUCGCCCCGGAGCACUCUGUUGGGAACGACCGCCGCCUCUUUCAUUUCUCCCGGGUCAGGGGCCGUGUCAGGUUUUACACAUCUGUUAGCAGACCUUUUUGGAGCUCUGCCACCCAACUCAAUGGCGUCUUCUACUUCUGUGCCUCUGGGAUUUCACUAUGAAACAAAGUAUGUUGUUCUCAGAUACUUGGGACUCCUCUCUCAGGAGAAGCUACAGGAGCAUCAUCUUUCCUCACUCCAAGGAGUUCAACAAGAUGUAGCUUCACAAUCUCUGGAUCAAGAAGUUUUAUUAGAAGUUAAAACUGGAAUUGAGGAAGAGCUAAGAUUUCUGGACAAAGAAAUUUCUGAAGCCUUCACCAACAUAGGCUUUGACCAGCACACGUCUCCCGUGUUCAGCCCUGCUAACCCAGUGGAACACUGCUUGGCUCACCUUGGAGAAAAAGUGUCCCAGGAACUGAAAGAGCCUCUACAUAAGGCAUUGCAAAUGCUCCUCAGCCAGCCAGUGACAUAUCAGUCAUAUCGGGAAUGUACUCUGGAGACCACAGUUCAUGCCAGCGGCUGGAAUAAGAUUUUGGUGCCUCUGGUUUUGCUACAACAAAUGCUUUUGGAGUUGACAAGGCGUGGUCAAGAACCUUUGAGUACAUUGCUACAGUUUGGGGUGACAUAUCUGGAAGACUAUGCAGCAGAGUACAUCAUCCAGCAAGGUGGCUGGGGCGCUCUCUUUAAUCUUGAGUCCAAGGAGGAGGAACACCCUGAAGUUGUUGCCGAAGAUAGCAAUGACAUUUAUAUCCUGCCCAGUGACAACUCUGGACAAGUCAGUCCUCCAGAGUCUCCAACUGUGACUACUUCUUGGCAGUCAGAGAGCUUACCUAUUUCCCUGUCAGCCAGCCAGAGUUGGCAUACAGAAAGCCUACCAGUGUCCCUGGGUCCUGAGUCCUGGCAGCAGAUCACAAUGGAUCCCGAAGUAAAAAGCUUAGAUAGCAAUGGGGCUGGAGAGAAGAGUGAAAACAAUUCUUCUAAUUCUGACAUUGUGCAUGUUGAGAAAGAAGAAAUACCUGAGGGUGUGGAAGAGGCUGCUAUGACAUCUGUAGUCUUGUCAACCAAGGAACUGCAAGAGGCAUUCGCUAAAGCCCCAGCUCCCUUGCUUCCACAUAUCACUGCCACUUCCUUACUGGGCAUGAGAGAAUCUGACACAGAAAUGACUGCAGUUGAGAAAGUCAGCCCAGCUACAUCAUUGUUCAUAGAACUUGAUGAAGAAGAGAUGAAAGCCGCUAUAAUUGAACCUAUUGAACGAGAGGAGAUGAUCCCUAUACUGGAACCCACAAAAACACUGUUGAGUGAAGAGAUGACUAUAAGGAAAAAGAGUCUUAUGAAAGGGUCCUACCCUGCUGGGGAAGAGAAGUCUAUGGCAUUGUCUGAGGGCAAGUCUAUCCUGUUGUUUGGAGGGGCUGCCGCCUUUGCUAUCCUGGCGGUGGCAGUUGGAGUAGCAUUGGCUCUGAGAAAGAAAUAGCAUGUUUUAGAAGAGAAAUAAGACAAAAAGGAUAUUAGGUUUUAGUUGUAGUGACUGAAUUUGAACUGACAGCAGAUGAUUGGACAUUUGUGGAACACUCUUGGAUAAUUGGAGAUUUUUCGCUUGAGGUAGAGGGUGUUCAUGUUUGUCUGAUUGUAAGUUCCAAAGGCCUUGGCUCGUGGUAGAUUCUGGAUCGUAAGAGUAAAGUAAUUCCUCUGGUACAGGUUUCUCAAUAUCUGCAUUAAUUAUAUCUUGAAAUGUCUUUGUUGUAGGAAGAUGUCCUGUGCAUUGUGUUUAGCAACAUCCCUGGCCUGUACCCACUAAAUACCAGUAGCAACUCUCCCCCAGUUGUUACAACCAAAAAUAUCUCCUGACAUUGCCAAAUGUCCCUGGGAGUAAAAUUAUUCCCUCUUAUGGGCCACAGCUUUAGAGGGAGAGGGUUAAUUUAGGAGCAUCUGUGAUAGAAGUUCCCAGGCAAGAGGCCCAGCUGUGUGCUCCUCAGCUACUGACUCGGUCCUGCCCUUGGAAUUUCAUCUUUUCUGAUGAACAUGCUGUGUUUGCAGUCAUUCCUUUUUGGCUUUUUUAUCUUCCCCAUCUUUUUAGUCCUAUAGUCUGAGGGUAUUCUCCUCUUAUGUCACAGCUGCUUCUCAGGUACCACACUCCUCCUCUUCACCCCCAGGUUUCUCCUAAGAUCCAUUGAGCGUGCUUGCUCUGUACCUAUCAAGUCUCUGAUGCUGCUUAUAGCUUCACCUUGUAAAGAUACUGCCUUUAGUAAUCUGUAAAAAGAGGGGAGGGGGCUCCCUACCUGUAAGUGCUAUGACAAGUAACUGACAAGAGAGAGAUCUGUCUCGUGUAGAAGCAGGAAAAUGGCUUAAAUGACCUCUGGAGCUCUUUUGUACUGAAUUUAUGGCUACCCACCAGCAGCAUCUCCCUUGCUGGAUGGUCACUGUCUAUAACCUGGGCUAGUGUGUUUUUCCCCUAUACUAUCUGGCCUUAGUGUUACUGGUCCACCAUCUAACUCCUUUGCAGUCCUUUACUGCAUUUUUAUACUUGGCUUACAGACCAAUGAAUUUUAACUCAUAUGAAAUACAGAAAGUCUCUUAAAUAUCAUUGAAAUAAAAAGUAUGAAAAGAGAAGCUUGACUUUCUUGGUUACCCUCGAUUUCUAGUUUGGUUUUCAGGCUUCUUCACUGAAAUCUUCACAGUCCAAAUGCCAGUGUGAUAAACCAAAAUGAUCCUAAUUUAUAUGUACUAGUUGAGAAUCAGCAUAAUUUUCUUGCAUCUGGCUGAUCCCACCUCUGGAAGGGUGAGAAGUGUCUUUUAUGCCUGAGGAUCAUGGUGUCACUAUGCACGACAUACUUGUUGGAUACAUAGGUCAUCUCAGAUUUAUCUUAGUAAAUGUAACAAAUUAUUUUUUUAGAUCGUGAAAUUUGUAGUAAAAUUACUUUACCUUAUCCCGAUCACCAAAAUGUGAUGUUUUAAAUGUGCUUUCUUUUUAAAAUAUAUUUUUAAAAAUUAAAUCUUCUCCCUAAAGCAGUGCUAUUUAAAAGUCGGUCAAGAAAAGUUCUGAAGUGUGUUUGUGUGCCACUUCAGCUUUAUCAUGGGGUAUAUCUUUAUGUUCUGAGUUUUAGUGUCCCAUUUAGGGAGUGAUGUUUUUAAAGAUUUUGGUGCACCUUGAUUAAUACAGCUAGGGGUGAGGGGGGAAAUGGGAUUCAUGUAGUACAGAAUUACUUCCUUCUUGGGCUCUGACUGUUGCAGUGGAUUAUUCUGUGUUCUUAUUGCUACACUGUGUUUGCAUAGGGUGAGAGCAAACUGGUGUGUUAUCUUAACUCCCCCCCACCACCUAUAUAAUAAAAGAGUAUUAUGGAAAUUGACCGAACAGCUGAACAACCAGAACACCUGCAGCCCCUCGCCCCGGCCGGCCCUGCCCCUGAUUGGCCCCCGCCCCCCAUGGCCCCCAUGGGGGUGGGCCGGCUGGACCCCACCAGUCCAUGAAUUCAUGCACCGGGCCUCUAAUUUAUAAUAAAAUAUUUUCCUUCCAGAGUUCACAGUUUUAAACUCUGUAUCCUCAAACCCAAUGGCUGAACACAUUUAAGCACUAAUGUAAACCAAGUUCCUUUCUGAGCUGCUAGAGAGAUAUGUGGCUUAGGAUAUUUGGGUCUGUGUUCUCCAUUAAAGAAAAGAAUAAGACAUGUGAUACGAUGCUACCAUUGCUGCUUUAUUUUCCCGUCUCUUGAACGUUAAUCCAAAGUUAUUUGGCCAAUUGGAUUUUGCUGUGUAAUGGUAAAUAGCUAUUCUUUUCCAUUGGCUUUCUCUAGAUCGAAUUGUUGAAAGUUCCUGAGUUAAUAGGAUGGUCAAUGUCCACGUUUUUUCUUCAUUUCCUUAUCCUCUGCCCUGGCAGUGGAAGGGAAUACCCUAAUAAGACUGCUUCUUACACCAGCUCCUAUUUUUGCUAUUAUAUUUAAAAGAAAAUCAUUUGUCACCCACCCUUUUUUUUUAUGGGGGCUGGUAGUAGGAGGCUGUUCCCUUCUGUCCCGACUUAUAGAGCACCUAAAUUUAAGAAAAAGGGACAAUUCACAAUAAAUCCAACUCAAAUGCAGAAUUAAGAAUAUCACCGUUUAUCAUUUCUCAUUCUUUGAACUAUUGAGGGAAAGUUUUUUAGUCUUAUAGAACUCUUCUUUACUGUUCUUUUAAAUACAAUGAUUUCUGACCACUUGGCAAAAAGCUAGUGAAUGUUUAAGAAAAAUACUAGAAUUAAAGGAU